AUGGAAAGUCAGAGGAACAUCUCAGAAUUUAUUUUUUUGGGACUUUCCUAUAACCAAAACAUACAAAUAUUUUGCUUUGUGUUCUUCUUAUUUUGUUACAUUGCCAUCUUGGUGGGAAACCUUCUGAUCCUUGUCUCCAUCCGAUGCAGUGUCCUUUUUCACCAACCAAUGUACUAUCUCCUCAGCCACUUAUCCUCCAUGGACAUCUGCUAUACCUCUUGUGUGACACCCACACUGAUCAGUGACCUGCUCCUGGGAAGGAAAACCAUCUCUUACGGUAACUGCAUGCUGCAGGUCUUUUCCUUGCACUUCUUAGGAAUGAUUGAAAUCUGCAUCCUUACAGUCAUGGCCUUUGACCACUGUGUUGCCAUCUGCAAGCCUCUCCACUACAUGAUUAUCAUGAACAGGACAAGAUGCGAUCUCCUUAUCAUGGCUGCUUGGGCUGGUGGGGCCUGGGUCCAUGCCUUUUCUCAGUUCUCUAUGAUAGUCAGUUUGCCCUUCUGUGGCCCCAGUGAAAUUGACCACUACUAUUGUGACAUUUUUCCUUUGUUGAAAGUUGCCUGUACUGAUACCUACAUCACUGGUGUCCUGGUGGUUGCCAAUUCAGGAAUGAUUGCCUUAGUAACCUUUGUUCUCUUGUUUGGGUCCUAUGUCAUUAUAUUAUUCAACUUAAGAAACCACUCAGCUGAAGGAAGGCGCAAAGCCCUCUCUACCUGUGGGUCUCACAUCACUGUGGUUACCUUAUUUUUUGGUCCUUCAAUCUUUGCCUACCUCAGACCCCCUACCACUUUCCCUGAGGACAAAAUAUUUUCUCUCUUUUAUACCAUCAUUGCUCCUAUGUUCAAUCCCUUAAUCUACACUCUGAGAAACACAGAGAUGAAAAAGGCCAUGAGAAGGGUUUGGUACCAAAGAUGUUUUCAGAAGAGAAGCAUAAUUAAUUUUCCCUACUCAGUGUGUUAA